AUGCGCGUCUUCGCUCCAGGUCGGUUGCUCUGCUCAUUCUCUCUUCUCGGCCUUGUGGCAGGAUUUCCGGGAGCAGACAGCCAUAAUGCGAACUCGGCUCAUCGUGGUUUACACAAGCGGUGCCCGUAUGCCCAAGACCAUGAGCCGUCCAAGGUAGAACAUGACAAGCGUUUUCUUUUCGAUUUGAUGGAUUCGCCUGUUGAUGUCACUGGUGAGCAUGCCUUUAACCCGCCAGACUUUGAGAAUGGGGACCAGCGGGGCCCUUGUCCAGGCCUCAAUGCGCUUGCAAACCAUGGCUAUAUUCCACGAAAUGGUGUAGUGUCGUUUGCAAAAGUCAUCGCAGCAAUCAAUGAAGUGUAUGGAAUGGGAUUCGACCUAGCUACUGUUCUUGCAACCAUGGGCACUGUCUGGACUGGAGAUCCGCUGUCUCUAGAUCCGAGCUUCUCCAUCGGAGGUCGUGAUACAGGUGUCAACAACAUUUUAAACAAUCUUGGGGGGAUUUUGGGUGAACCCCAGGGCUUGAUAGGUUCCCACAACUUUAUCGAAGCGGACUCCUCCAACACGCGUGACGAUCUUUAUGUGACAGGCAACAACUACGCACUCAACAUGGACAAGUUUAUGUCCUGGUAUAACAUGUCUACUGAUGGUACAUAUGACAUGGAUCUCAUGGCUGAGCGUGCAAAGAACCGUUUCGAGGAGACUAUCCAAACCAACCCUAACUUUUAUUAUGGCCCUGUAACCGGCCUUAUUGCGCGAAAUGCCGGCUACAUCUUCCCAGGCCGACUGUUCCGAAACCACUCACGUGAAAAUCCCGAAGGCGUAUUGACCAAGAGCCACAUCCGGAGCUUUUACGGUAUCUACGGGGAGGAACACAAUUUGACCUAUCGCGAAGGAUGGGAACAAAUUCCUGAAAAUUGGUACAAGACUCCAGUAGAUUACGGUCUGAUUCAGCUCAACUUGGAUACAAUUGACUGGAUGGGAAAAUAUCCGGAGCUUGGAAGUGUGGGAGGCAACACUGGCUCUGUGAACAGCUUUGCUGGCGUCGAUCCGGCGGAUCUGACAGGUGGCGUGCUUAACCUGACCACUUUGCUGGAGGGUAACAAUCUGCUUUGCUUUGUGUUUGAAGUUCUCAAGUUCGCCAGCCCUAACGCACUCUCCGGGCUAUACAAAACCAUUGCCGAGCCGCUGGAAUUCGUCACCAAUAUUAUUGCUGUCCCAUUGCUGAACGUGACUUGUCCCGCAUUCCAAGAUCUUCAGAUGGGAGGGAAGCCAAUUUGGGAAGCUCUCCAGAACGAUUUCCCUGGUGCGAUGAAGAGUGAACGUGCCUUUUAA